AUGGGGUUCUCGUCAUUUAGUACUUUACCAUGCCUUAAAGUAGAGUAUGAAGCCGAACAGCCUCAAUUUCCAGAUGUUCCUGAAUCAAAACAUGGAUCUGUGUCUUUGGAAGCAGGAAUAUUGCAGCCAUUACGUAUGGAACAAUUUUAUUCAGCCGCUGCAGCUGAUACUGUUGUCCAACAGUUGCUUCCCAUACCCGAGGCAGCCCCCUUUCCAGAACCACCUGAUCCAAAAACAUGUUCUACUCGAGAAUACUUAGAGUAUUACAUAUUUCCAGUACUCUUACCCGGAAUGACUGAACUUCUGCAUCGAGCAGAGAAGGAAAAGUGUUUUGAGAGAAAAAGGACCAAAUUUAUUGCCUGUGAUUUCCUAACUGAGUGGUUAUACAACAAGAACCCAAAGAAGAAAGAUGAAUCAUUCACAGAAUUUUUUUCCAUUCCUUUUGUUACUGACUGGCUAAAGGACCAUCCUAGGCCACCAAUUCCUCUCUCUCUCCUUCUAUCAGAAGAAGAAGCAAGCAUAGUAAUUCAGUCUUUCUGGAGAGGUUAUCGGGUCCGCUGCGAUAGUGAAAUACAAGAGCUACGUCAGUGGCAAAAGCAGCUGAGAGAGGACAAAAACAUUAUUAAAAAAGUGAAAGAAUUCUGGGCUAAGCAGGAAGCCAAAGUUGUAUUAAGAAAUGGGACACACCGUAAGACACGAAUCACGAGCAAAAAGGCAAUGUCUGUUGGAAAUGCCUGGAUGUUUUACAGUCACUACUUACUCUAA